AUGGAUUUGCGUGCUCAAGCUGCAAAGCUCGCAAGGUCAAGUGCAGUGGAAAUCGGCCCAUCUAACUCGACCGAGUUCCGACUUCGAGAGGCAAAUGCUCGCAUUCGGAAUCUAGAGGCAUCAAUGAGGAGUCCGAUUCGGUCUUCCAACGAGCCUCAGCCAGACCUCGAGACACCUGAUACCGAUAUUACGAAUCCCGGUACGGCUCGCAGCCACCCACUAUCUCACGAUGGUAGUCGUGCUGCUGAAGCCAAUGCCGACACGGAGGGUUCGCUUUGGUUCCAGGUCGGCCUCGGAGAGGACGGUACUGUCAUCUACAAUGGUCCGACAAGUCGCUUUCAUGCUGGCUCCCUUGAGGAAACCCACCUGACCGGCGAACAUCAGGAUAGCGACCCAAAGCGAGCACAAGUAGAAGUUUUACAGUCUCAGUAUGCUUUGAUGGACUCGGUGUGGCUGCCUCUGAUCGCCGCGAAGCCAGCAAUGAACGGCACCGGCAUCGACACCACUCUCGGCAUGGCUCUUCUUGAUAUCUAUUGGACGUGGCUACAUCCACUUCAUAGCUGUGUCUACAGACCUAUCCUAAUGAUGGAUCUGGCUCUCGGAGGACCAUAUUGCACCGAUUUCUUGCUCCUAUGUAUCUUCGGUCUAGCAGCUCGACAUCUGCCUGAGCAAGUUACCGCAGCAGCUGGAGUGGGGAGAGGCGACCAGUUCAUCGCACGUGCAAGGGAGCUGUUACUGAAGGAAAUGACGGCCAUGAAGCCAGCGAUCCCUACAAUUCAGGGGUUGCUGAUUCUAGGCGGGCGCCAGUGUGCCAUGGGAAAAAGCUCCGAAGGUUGGUUAUACACCGGCAUGGCAGUACGGAUGAUGAAAGACAUUGGGCUUCACCUGGACAUCACUAAGCUCUCCAGGCUUGAGAGAUGGACACCUGCUGAGAUAGAGACUCGAAAGAGGCUGUACAACUCAGCUUACAUCUGGGAUAAGACACUCAGCCUGGCCCUAGGCCGUCCGCCUUCUCUGAUACGACGUCCUUACCCUGCUCAGGAUAUACUGGAUAAAGUUGACGAUCAACGCUCCUGGAAGCCUGUUCAAGCUACCGAAGUCUCCGAAAACUUUGUUGCUUCGCCUUCCUGGACGACAUCAGCCUUUUGUGCGUUUUGCCGGCUUCACGAAGCCACUACAGAUAUGAUGUUGCUGUUCUCAAGCACAAGCAGGAACGAGGAGUUCACUACACAGAUGGAGGAGCUUGACAGCAGGAUAUGUCAGUGGUAUCAUGAGAUUCCGAGUCCAUUGAGAAUCGAGGACGCAUCCAUGUUGGAUCAAAGCCCUCCCCCACAUAUUGUGUCAUUGAAAAGGCCGUAUUUGAGCUCUUCCGACACCACAAUCAAGGAGAAGGCGCUCGAGGUUUGCGUACGCCAUUCGAAGAAGAUUCACUCGAUUCAUUCACUAUUCUCAACGACUUUCCCUCAUCGACUAAUGACGUAUCAAGUCAGCUACUGCAUAUAUACAGCUGCUACAGUUGAAGCCGAAGAGCUGAAAAGAGCAUCAACUGGUAUCGAGAGAGAAAACGCGGCAGCCAGGCUUGCAGCCGCAUGUCGUAUACUCCAGCAGGAAGCUUCACAUACCCCCGGAAGCGGAAGAAGUCUCGAUACCAUUCGUCGGCUAUUGAGCAACGGGCAACCCCGAGUUGUAGACGUUGGCAACAACUCGGAUUGCAGACACAAUGCUGUCUCGAAUUCUUCUGAGAACUCCCAUCAAGUCGAGCCGCGUCAGACAGGGUCACUGAACCCACGAAUGGGUGGUGUGCAAAGAGGCAGUAUGGGCCGUCAUAUCACUUCGACUAGAAAUCAUCCGGCGGCACAAAAUGCCUCACAGCUUUCUUCUGCUGUCGAUCCAGAGGUAGAUGAGAAUGCGUUCUUCACGGAGGGGGGCAGCUGGAGUAACGAUGUUAGUUACGGUGGGACAAACACAGGGGCCGGAUUUCAACCGGACGCGUUCCCAUGGGGAGUUGCAGAUCACAUCUUGGGCGAUUCCGGCAUGUCGUUCUCCGGCACGAGUCUAGUUUGGCCAUCUGGAUCCCACCUCGAUGGCUUCUAA